AUGAUUUAUAUACUUAUAUCUCAUCCGAUUUUCAAAAAUAAGCUAGAGUCAUUACAAAUUGGUUUUUUUUUAAUUUCAUAAAAAUUACAUUAAAAACCAGGAAAAGCUGCAUAUUAUUCUGUUGAAAAGAAUAAUAUUUUACUUAUAAAUUAUUAUUUGUCAUGUCUAUUUUACAUAUGUAUUAUUGGUGCUAUCUUAUUUUUAAUAAACAUUUCUAGUUGUUUCUCAAAACAAAAUUCAAUUAGAAAUAGAUCAAAAUAUGAAGUAAUUUUUGAUGGGAUAAAUGACAAUUAUAAUAUUUGGACAUUCUAAUAUAAUACCAUAUAAGUAAUAAAGAAGCUUAUUUUUAUUUCUUUUAUUGUUUUUUUGUAAGACAAUGGAUUUAUUUAAGCAUUUGGAAUAUCAUUCUUUUAAUAAUUAUUUUUAAUUCACACUCUUCUCAACAAGCCAUUAAGAAAUUAAUUUGAAUACAUCAAAAUUUUAAUCACUAAAUCAUUAAUAAUUUUUAAUUCAAUUUCAUUUUUAUUUUAUCUUUACUAAGCUGAAUUGACUUUAAAAUCAGAGAGUAUAAUCAAUAUUGGAUGGUUAUGA